GUUGUUUGGGCCAUAAAUCCAAAAAUUUCGCGCAGAAGAUUUCGAGAUCUAAUCGGAACGAGAUGCCAGCUGAUACUCUAGCACCCACAAAGCCUUCAUGGGCUGACGAGGUCGAAGAAGAAGAAGAUGCCUUCCAGACUCAAGUUUACACAGAUGAGAACGGUUUGAAAGUUAUUGUUGAAUACAGAGAUAAUGAUGAUGGCAAGAAAGUCAAGGUCACUCGCAAAAUCAAAACUAAGCUUGUCACAGAAUAUGUCAACAAGGCAGUAGCUGAGCGAAAAAAGUGGGCAAAGUUUGGAGAAGAGAAGGGAAACAAGCCCGGUCCUGAUCUUUCAACAACCACUAUUGGCGAAAACAUCCCAUUGAAGCUUUCAUCAUCAUACGGAAAGACACCCACUGCUGAACAACAAACUGAUGAACAAGAGACUAAGAUGAGACAAGCAUUGAAGAGCAAGAACAUUAUGUGCAGAAUUUGCAAGGGCGAACAUUUCACUUCCAAGUGUCCUUACAAGGAUACCUUGCAACCUUUGGACGAAAUUGCAGCAUCACUCGAAGGCGUUAAGAAUGAAGGUUCUUCUCGUCCUGAAUCACCUGAACCUAGCGGCGGUUCCGGUAUGGGACCCAACAAAUACAUUGCUCCACAUCUCCGAAAGGGAGCUACUGCUGUGGGCGAGUCGCCACGCGAGAAGCGUGAUGACAGCGCUACUCUGCGUGUGACCAACCUUUCAGAAGAUGUUACCGAGAACGACAUUUAUGAACUCUUCAGAAGAUUCGGUCAAAUAAGUCGUGUCUACCUUGCUCGUGACCGCGAGACAGGCGUAUGCAAAGGUUUUGCAUUCGUUUCUUUCGGUAUGAAGGAAGAAGCCGAAAGAGCACAACAGGCUGUCAAUGGUCUUGGUUAUGACAGUCUCAUCUUGAGAGUUGAAUUUGCUCGUAGUUCAUAGAUUCAUUUUCCCUAAAACUUUUUCCUGUCCCGUAUAAACACUACUUGUAAACUUUUUUUUUUUUUUACAAUGCAAUACUUUGCUGUUAUUUAUUUGUUAGUUGUUUACGUUGUAA